AUGGCCCGCCAGAUGGCGCGGCUCGCGCAGCAGGACGCGGUGCAGGCGCGCGUCGCGGAGCAGCGCCGGCGGGAGGCGCUCCGGCAGGCGGAGUUCCGGGAGGAACUAGAGCGGGAGGGAAAAGUGGCCAAGGACGCGCCGAUUCCCGCAGAGCUGGCGAAGCUCAAGGGGGUGAAGAAGGGGACGAAGGAAGGGGACGAGGGAGAAGAGGUGGUGGAAGGGAAGGGGGACGAGCCGGAGACGGAGAGGAGAACUGAGGCACCGGAUGCGGGGCCCAAGGUGCGGCGCGAGAUCAUCAUCAACGCGGCGCGCACGUCCAUGCCACGUGUCGCCAUCCUGGAAGACGGGAGGCUGGCGGAGAUGCUGCUGGAGCAAGAGAAGCAGGUGUCGGUUGGUGACGUGCUACUGGCGCAAGUGACCGCCAAGGUGCGCGCGAUGGCGGGUCUGUUCGUCGACGUCACCGUGUACAAAAAGGCGUUCCUGCAAGCAUACAACCACCACCGGCCGUACGUCUUCCGGCGGCUGCCCAACGGGAGCGUCGAGGCGGUCGGCGGUGGGGACGAAGAUUUCGGUGACGGGACGGAUUCCGGUGUCGGAGCGGAAUUCGGCGACGGGGUUGAGGAGCUGGAAACGGGGUCCGGUUCCGGUAAGGAGGCCGAGCGGAACGGAACAGGGCGGAAGGAGGCGGAGGCGGGCGCGAGCGACGAGGAGGAAGAAGGGGGCGAUGACGGCGAGGAUGACGUCAUGACCGAGGAAGGGGAUGAAGAGGAAGAGUUGCAACUAGGGGAGGAGGGAGGGGAAGAUGGAGACGAGGACGAGAAAGGCGAGAGUGGCGAUGCAGAAGGAAAGGAGGGUGGUGGCAAAGACGGGCACGUGGCACUCCGCCAAUCAGGAUGGACCACGUCGCGCAACUGGCAGGACGUGGAGGUGGGCGACUUUGUGGUGGUCAAGUGCACCAAAGAAUCGUACGGCAGCAAGGGACCCAAGGUCUCCGCCGUGCUGAGCCACCCGGGGCGCUUUGUGGUGCUGACUGCGCGCAGCGACGGCGUGCACAUCUCCGCCAAGAUCCGCUCCGGCGACGAGCGGAAGCGGCUCGAGACGCUGGGCAAGCUGCUGAAGCCCGCCGGGUACCGCCUGCUGCUGCGGACUGAGUCCAAGGCGGCGCAGGGGAAGGAGAUUCAACAGGACAUUUACCAGGUGCAAACGGUGAUCGAGGGGAUCCUGCGGAAGGCGGAGGAGGCGGUGAAGCGCAACACGGGGGCGCUGCUGCUGUACAAGGCCAUGACGCCGACGCAGGCCAUCGUGCGGGACCUCAUGUCGACCGAGGUGGUGCGCCUGGUUGUGGACACCCCCGAAGUGCACGCCCAGGUGAUGUCAUACCUCGCCGAAAACAACAGCGAGCACUUAAUGAACCGCGUCGAGCUGUACUCCGGGAAACAGGGCGUGAUGGACGCUUUCGGCGUCGAAGGUCAGAUCAACUCGAUUUUCCAGAGCCGCGUGCAACUAGAGUCGGGCGCUUACCUCGUGAUCCAAAAGACGGAGGCCCUCUGGUCGAUCGACGUGAACGGCGGGCGGGCGGUGACGUCAGGAAAUCGUACACGUGCCGAAGCGCAGAGCGAGACGCACUUGAGGAUCAAUCUGGAGGCCGCCCGACAGGUGGCGAAGGAGCUGCGCGCGCGGGACGUGUCGGGGAUCGUGGUGAUCGACUUCAUCGACAUGGCCAGCCCAGCCAUGAAUGUCCAGGUGGAGAAGGCGAUGUGGGAGGCGCUCCAGACGGACCGCGCCCGGGUGAAGAUGGGCAAGAUCAACGAGCCGGGCAACUGCAUGCAGAUUCUGCGCAGCAGGUUGCGCGACAAUCUCGCCAACUUGCUGACCGCCCCCUGCCCGCUCUGCACCCAAGACUUCCAUUCCGUUUCCGCCGGCCGGAUUCCGUCCCGGGAGGCCGUCGUCGCCGAGAUCGAGCGCACGAUCGUGCGGAAGGAGGCGGACGGGAGCAUUCCGCGGACGCCGGGCUCGGCGGAACGGCCGGAAAGCAACGGGCGGAACCCGACGUGGCCGACGAUCUUCUUGACCGUGCACGAGAGAGUUGAACAAUUCUUCCUGGGAGCCAAUCUGAAGCGGCUGAACACCACGAUGGCGGCUCUACGAGUCAACAUCAAUGUCAUGGUGCCCGACUCCCCCAUCCGCGAAUACGACUUCCAGAUCCAGCUGUCCGGCAGGAGCGAGCCACUGUUCGACUCUGCAAAGGACCGCAAAGACAGCGCCGAUCGAAGCAGCAGCGAAAAGGCGUGGGGCGGUGGCCGAAAGCUCGCGCACAACCCCGAAGCGCACGUGAUUGACGUCAGCCCCGAGGAGGAUGACGUCAGCACGACGCGACGGGGGGCGGCGUCGAAGCGGCGGGGCGCGGGGGAGGCGGAAGGGGCGGAGGAAGGGGGGGCGCGGCGGGGGUACGUGUACCGGAAAAGAGAUGACGUCAGCGAACGGAGGAAGGAUGACGUCAGCGAGCGCAGAGCGGAGGACGUCGGCGAGCGGAGACGGGCUGACGUCAGCGAAAGGAGGCGGGAGAGCGCCGCCGAGACGCGGCGGGAGAAAGGCAGCGAGCGGAGGCUGGGGGACGUCAGUGAGAGGAGACGUGAUGACGUCAGCGAGCGGAAAAGAGAGGACAUUAGUGUACAGAAGAAGGACACGGUUAGCGUAAAUAAGAAGGACAAAUCUACCGAACGAAAGAAGGAUGCCGUCAGCGAGCGGCCGACGGUGCGCGUGAGCUUCACUGACGGCGGAGGGUUUGAGUCUGGGGAGGAGGACCGGAAAGAGCGGCGACGGAAGCCAGCGGAACGGGGCCGGAAGGAGCCGGAUUCAGAAAAACCGGCGGAACGGCCAGCGGUUAACACACCGCAAAUUUCGCCGCUGGCGGAGCUGCUUGUGAGUCAGGAGAGCCAACCGACGAUAUGGUCAAAGGUAAGGCCGACCAAAGGCCCUGUUAGGACGCAAGUAGACGCGGCGAAGCAGAAGGAAAGUGAGAACGGAGCGCGGACAGGGCCUCAAAAAACGGUGGCUGAAAACGAGGUCAGGGGGGAGGUUGGAGGUGAGGCCCUGUCGGGGACUGGUGAGACUGUUAUCGAGGUUCAAAUGGCGAACUCGCGGGGUAAAGACGCCAAACGACAGGGCCCUUCCAAAACCACUUCGGACAUGGGCGUGCCAAACGAGGCGGUGUCAAGCGCGCAGAACGGAGCGCUGCUGGAGAAACUUGACACCGCGCCUCGGGCGGACGCCGGCGCUGUGGCGCCUGAUGACAUCAUAGAAGAAGGGAGCGACGCCGACGAGUUUUGGGGAGCUGACGUCAGCCGCGUCGCGGGAGAGGAGGCAGCAGAGAGCAUGACGUCGGCGCCGGAGACUCCGGAAGAAAGCUCGACCGAGGGAAGCCCCAACGGUGCUGACGUCAGCAACGGCGCGCGCGCGGACGUCAUCAGCGACGCUGACGUCAGCGACGGGGAGGGAAGCGGCGCGAAAGAACGGGCGGCGGGGGCGCGGCGCAUCAGGCGUGGAAAGAAGGCCCGGGCGCAGGGGGAGAAGCAGCUGCCGGAGGAUGUCCGGCGGGCGGAACCGGAGGCCGGAACUCCGGAACGGACGGAACCGGACGUCGGGGUGCGAGCAGGGUCGGAUCUCGACCUGAUGAUGGAGUCUGUACAGGUGUUCCAGAAGGUGACGAAAUUGAGCCCGGACAAGAUUGCGAAAGUGGGCAGCGUGGGGAGCCAAAUCAUGACCGUGCUCGCGGAGAAUGACGUGACGGGCGCCGGCGAGCCGUGGAACUUUCUGCAGUGGUACUCGGGCGAGCGGUCGGGGAUCCCCCCCGAGCGCGCGGAGCGGUACGCGGAGGUCGUGCCGCUUCUGCAGGGGGUCGUGGACCAGUCGGUGGACGACGAGGAUUGGUCCGAGCUCCACACCGAACUCUUCGAGUCCCCGGACGGUAACGAGAACGGCGACCUUUUUGGCGACGGGCCCCCCACGAUCCCCGCAGAACUUUUGCCGAUGUUGGGCUUGGCUGACUGGUCCGGAGCGCUGGACCUAGUUCUAGAUUCGACAGUGGGAAAAGGGGUUCGCGACGGCGAGUCUGGUAACGUGGCACAGGGGGUUUAUGACGUCAGCGGCGAGAAUGGGCGCGACGACCGGGCUGAGAGGACGAGUCUUGGAGCGGAAGGGAGCGACGGUCUGUCUGAUGAUGACGUGGCACCUCCGGCUGCGCAGACGUCUAACGUGAUGACCCGUCCCGUCGUGCGGGCGGUUCCGGCUCGGCCGGGCCCGAAAGUGGGGGCCGGAAACCCCAGCGCGCGGCCAAAGCGGAAAGGCAGGCAAAAGAAGAAAUAGCGAGAUGAGAUUCUGUUCACUUGAAGAGCGUACUGCCUUCAAAAAAUUGUACUGUUCGACUGAGCCAGA